UUGAUCUGAAGCAUGAGGUGAGCGGCACACCUCUCCACCCAGUCAGCAUCAUCGGUGUCCGUGACAGAGUGACAGACUGAGGGGGAAGACUUCUCCAGCAGAAUAAAAUCAGCGAAAGAGUAACAGGACACACUGAGGCACCAUUUUUCUUUUAUUAUUUGCGGGUUAGGUCGUUCACCAUGAAGCCUUCAAACAGUCGCCCUUCAGGAGGGGGUAAAAACCCCUUCGUGCACGAGCUCAAAUUGACCAUGACAGAAAAAAUAAAGAUAGGACUCAUGUCAGUUACAGUUUUUCCGGUGCGGCUGCUGCUGGUCUCUUUCCUCAUGCUGCUGGCGUGGCCCUUCGCCUUCACGGCUUCUCUGGGACGUUCGGAGUUUGCGAUCGAGCCUCAGUCGUGGUGGAGGAGGUUUAUAGACCUGUGUCUAAGAGCGAUCAUGCGAGCCAUGUGGUUUUGCGGAGGUUUCCACUGGAUCAAAGUGAAGGGAGAACGGGUAGAACCCUCUGAAGCGCCCAUCCUCACUGUGGCACCACAUUCUUCUUACUUUGAUGCCAUCCCAGUCACUAUGACCAUGUGCUCCAUAGUCACCAAACUGGAAAGCAGGAGCAUCCCAGUCUGGGGCACUUUGAUCAGCUACAUCAGGCCAGUGUUCGUGUUUCGGUCAGACCAAGACUCGAGACGAAAAACUGUCGAGGAAAUCAGGCGGAGAGCGUGCUCUGGAGGGAAGUGGCCUCAGAUCAUGAUAUUCCCGGAGGGGACCUGCACCAACAGGUCGGGUCUAAUCUUAUUCAAGGCUGGUGCUUUCAUCCCAGGACUCCCAGUGCAGCCAGUGAUACUACGCUACCCAAACAAACUGGAUACCAUUACAUGGACGUGGAAAGGUCCCGGAGCGUUUCACAUUUUGUGGCUCACUCUGUGUCAGCCUCAUAACUCCAUUGAGAUUGAGUACUUGCCUGUUUACAGUCCAUCGAACGAGGAGAAAGAAAACCCCGCACUGUUCGCCAGCAACGUCAGAAAGCUCAUGGCCAAGGCGUUGGACCUGCCGCUCAAAGACCUGUCCUUUGAUGACAUUGAGAUCAGCCUAUCGCGCGGCCCUCUGGGCAUAUAUGAUUAUCGCAGCCUCCUAGAGUUCAACCAGCUAACAUGUCGUUUAGGACUGAGAGCAGCAACAACAGACAGGGUGCUUGAAGAGCAGGCCAGGAGAGCCAGGAAGCUCCAGGGAGACAAACUGGGUUUGGAGGACUUUGCCCAGUUCCUCAACCUCCCUGUUACAGACACACUUAAAGAAGUUCACAGCUUCUUUGAUGAGCAUGGAGAUGGACAGAUAGACGUCAGGCGCUACGUUAUCGCUCUGUCGACCGUUCGUCGACCCACAAAGUCCAUGGAAACCCUCAAACUGGCCUUUAAGAUGUACGAGAGCGAGGAGAGCGGGGAAAUCCUGGAGGAGGAGCUAGCCGGCAUCUUGGAAAUCAUGUUAGGAGUGAAGGAAGUGCGACUUUCAAGUGUGUGCUUAACGCUCGGACCCGACACAGGAAAGAUCACUUAUGAUGAUCUUCUUCAUUACAUCCAGCAGUUUCCACACUUUGCUCUGGACUGCCUCCACUUUAAAGACCAUCCACGGGAUUUCUGCACAGGCCGAUCUCCGAGCUGCAACGGCCAGAGCCGCAGCAAAGACGACUAACUCACAGACUCAAGCCACUUUUUUACCUUCUCUAUCAGACCCCAUCAAUGCUGUCACAACGGUGCCUUCAAGUGCAGGUAGAGAAAGGGCAAAACUUUUAGGAAGAGUAUGAAUUCCUGAUCCAGAUAAUGUUUUUAUUUUUUUAUUUCUUUCUUUGCCUUCCUUUAUUUUUAAUGCCCACUAUAAUAUUAAGAUACAUUUUGUGUGCUCCACAAAUAUUUAUAUAUAUGUUUAUAAAGAACAGAUUGAAAAAGGAGAAUUUUAUGUAUCCUUAUGUAUUGGAAGGUUAGCAUUGUUGUUAUCUCAGGCUAAUGGACACUAGCACAAUACCUGCUGUCGUGUUGACACUUUGCAUCUCGGCCCAUAUUUAUGUGUUUAUAUUCCCAGAUUACUGCCAUUAAAGUUUCACGCGUCACCAGCA